AUGAAACUUCUUCUGACUGUGCUGCUUCUCGGACUUCUGCUGCAAGUAACCCUGGCGAAGAAGAAACCUGAAGAGAAGGAGGAGGAGGAUGAGACGAAGGAGGUGAGUGCGGCGAAGGAGGAGAAGGAGGGUGCAGUGUCUCCGGCCUGUGGCGGUUGGUGGGGAGGC